UGGUUAUUUUCAAAAUUCUAAAGAGUUCGCCACUGGCCUGGAUGCUCAGAAAGCCGGGGCUCAGUAAGGAGAUCUAUGAGCCGAUGCUAGCCAUCGAAAAGCCAGCAAGCAAGAGGAGUGUGCUCUUGCAUCGGAUGUACAGACGUGGUCACCUAUGACUCUGCUCGUCCCACUAACUCCACGUGAGGUGUUUGGCCACGCAGGCCACCAGGUCCGCUUUGCCGGCGCAGAGACCGGCAGGUAAGGAGAAAAAAUAAUAAAACUCUAUCGGAUCUCAUUCGCGUAGACGACUUGGUCGACUCUGCCAUCCUACAUCCUUCCUUGAUCGAUUUGGACAUCCUGUGGGCAUCUGUCGCUGCCCCAUCUGGGCCGACUGGACACGCUUUGUCGUCGGAUUCGGUUCGGAGCAUGACACUCUCCCUUUGCUCGCCACCUCAAUGCACGUUUAAUUUAGUAUGACUGUACCAUUGUUGACCUUGGCGCCUCCUGCGCUCGAGCUAGGCGCCGCUCUCAGUUUGGGAGAGCCUGGCGAGAGCACAACGAUUGGAGAUGUCUGGGGCGCCAUCACAAAGGCAGCGGAGCUCGUCAAAGAUGGGUCCCGACUAGAAAAUCUAGCCUGGCGACAUUGGGCUCGUCGGCCAGUUCACAACCGUCACGCAUCCUCUUCAUCUUCCAUCACCACCGCCAGCUCUAUCUCCAUCCGUACGCCAGACUUGGAAGAACCGUCCAAGCUGGCUCGAUCGCCCCCGUCCUUUGGUCAAGCACUAAACCUCUUGCUUGAAAAGGACAGCUUCAAGGACUGGGUGUCCGAAGCGAAACGUAACAAUGUGCCAACUCUUUCACUACCGGAUACCCCCGUAGCCAAUGUUGAGAUACGUCUGGUCGAACCCACCCCCGUGCCCAGUCGUGUAGGCAGUCUAGGCGGGAGUCUCGCUACGGGCACAUUAUUGGGCGCUCGGAGCAAUUGGCAAGAUGACCGCGACUCUAAGCCUCGAGGGAAAUUCUUCUUACCUUCGAGUCCGACAAAGGACUCGAGCGAGGAAGACGCGCGGGUGGAGGAGCUGCCUCGACCUCCAGCUCGUCGGAAAGCCUCAUCUGCAGCAAAAGGCAGACAACGAAAACGUCAACCGGUCAAAUUUCAACAACCCCCAGAUGAUGAAGACGACUGGUCGGACGAACCCGAGGAACCUAAAAGCGUCAAGUCAACAGAGGAAGAGGAGGCACAGAAGAAGCGAGAAAUGUUUGCGAAACAAGCCAUAUUCGGAAGGUCGAGUCAAGGAUUGCUGAGUGGGAUGCUCAAGUCAGGUGGUAGUAUGGUGGACUUGACAUCAGCACCUGGCUCAUCCGCUCUGCGCUCAUGUCCGACGCAUGGCGACCUCACUGCGCUCGCUCGAUCGCCAGCUGCACCCAGCCUCUUGAGGAGCAAAUCUGCCAUUGCUGUGCCACUUCAAAGCGGCAUCAGCGUGACUUCCCGGUCCGGCGCAGAUUCCUUCGACGAGGCCACCGAUGAUGAUUUCCUCGCGACCUCGGCCACAAGACAGAAGCUCGACAAUCUCGCCAAGAGACAAGCAGUACCUCAAGGUCCAGCGCGGACCGAUGAACGAGGCGUCAUAGUGCCUGAUUCCCCGACCACACGACGAAGGGCCAUCAUCAUGCGGGAGAUGUCGGAAUCGCUUAGAAGAAAUCUGAUUCUAGAGCGAGAAAAGUCCUCUGCACCGCGUGUAUCGACCAGCCCCAGGAAGAAUGUCCUCGCAGGAGGCUUUCUUCGCCCCCUGACGAGGGUAGGCGACGAGGUCAAUCGGGCAAAAUCGUCUGCGAAUUUGACCUCUGAAGCUCCACCGAUGGUGCGUCGAUCGACCGAGGGAGCUGGAGAUGGAGCAGAAGAGCGGAGAAGGAGACUGAGCCGGAGACAUGGUUCCACAGAUACUUCUUAUCGGUCGCAUGGUUGGUGAGACUUAUUUCUUGUUGUAUGUAACACGUAUAAUCGACACGUGGCUCGGUUUUCGGGCCCUUCUCGGCCUGGCGUCAUUUUUGUUAUUAGCCCUCGUAGCAUGCGCCAAGAUAUCAUCUGUAUA